AUGCCCUUUGUCGCAAACACCCCCGAGUCCUACCUCAACCGCUCCGACUCAAAAGCCGUAAACGGAACAUGUCGAGGAUUAACCUCCAAUGGCCGCCCGUGCCGUCGCGCCGUUCAACAGACGGCGCCCAAGACUGACAAGCGCGGAAGACCUGUUACUCCAGACCCUCGUGAUGAGAGUCUCUACUGCUGGCAGCAUCGGGAGCAGGCGAAUAUGUCGGCGCAUUCGAGUCCGGGACCUAGAGCUACAUCAACGCCAAUCUUGGAAGGACGAACGAGUUUGGAUACGCUUGCGGAUAGGUUGGGAUUGGUGGAUUUGCAGGAGAAAAAGAAAUAUAGGAGAGAUACUGAAGGGCGAAAGCAGAGCGCGCCGAGACCGAAACCGCAGCCCAAGCAGUCUCUUCUGUGUUGCUGCUUCUCAGUGCCUCUGCAAGAUGUCCAGGAGCCCCAGCCUUCACGACCUCAACCUCGUCCAGUCCAGAAAACAUCAGCUUCGGUACCGCCCAAGCGCACUUCAAAACAACAUCUCACCGCAUCGCAAAACAACUCUUCCGCUAAAAACUCUCGACGCUCGCGCAAAUCCACAGGCUCGCAGACAGCACAGAUCAAAGACUUCAUUCCCGACACUAUAGACACCCAGACCGCCUCAGCGCUUAUGGCCGAACUAGCUCGUCCCUUUGGCGCUUCGGAGGAACCUGGUUUCAUCUACAUGUUCUGGCUCACACCUACAUCCCAGUCGUCAGCCGCUCCAGUUGACGCCGCACGUUCGCUUCUUUCUCCACCGUCACCGAAUCAAGCACCGCGAUCUCGAAGCGCUAGUAACGCUGUUUCAAGUUUCGCAGCCGCUGAUCCAUCAACGUCAAAGAACACCAUGCUUCUCAAAAUCGGUCGCGCAGCAAAUGUCCAGCGUCGUUUGAAUCAAUGGCAGCGCCAGUGCGGUCAUGAAGUUGAGAUCCUGCGAUAUUACCCUUAUCUCCCUGGGUCGCAGGAAUCAUCUGGCGUGGUUCCCCAUAUGACGCAGCAUGUGCACCGAGUAGAACGCUUAGUUCACAUCGAAUUGGCAGGCAUGGGUCUCAAGAAAGACGCCGAAAAAUGCGAUGCUUGUGGGAGAGAGCAUCGUGAGUGGUUCGAGGUGGACGCCACGAGAGAAGGAAUCAAGGCCGUCGACGGAGUCAUAAGACGGUGGAUAGAAUGGGAUGAAACGAUGACAUGA